AAAUGUUCUAAUAAUUUUAUAUUAUAAUAUGUGAAUUUUGAUUUCCUUAAACUAAAAUAACACUUCAUAGCGGAAAGAAUUAUAUCAGUAUAACUUCAAACAAUAACUUAUCUAGAAAAAAUGUCAAGGCUUGUGAGUGAAAUGAUCGGAAUAAGUCAUUUUUUUUAACUUGAAGAAUCAAGUAACGACAUUAUUUGAUUGAAUUUGUAAUGGUGUUAAACUUUACAUUUCACUCGAUAAUUUUAAAUGUACACAUCGUGAGAAGUCAAAGGAAAAUAAAUUACCAUUUAUGAACAUAUUGAGAAAGAAGACCAUAGUAAUGUUUCAACUUCCAUCGUGUUGGUAUAAAAAAUGUAUCUCCGUAAGAAAAAUCUGAUUUGUUUAAUAAUUUUGUACAAAAUCAUAUUUUAUUUAAAAUUCGUAAAAGCCUCUAACAAACUCGGCGAAGGUAGAACUUUAAUAUUCCCUCCAACUACACCAACUAGGCUUCAGUUCAUUUGCGGUAUCGGAAUUCCUGUAGAAGAUUUGCAUUUUGAAUCAAUAACAUCUGGUUAUGUCCUCAAAGCUGAAUAUUUUCUACCUACAAAUGCAACGCAGCUACAUAAAGAUUACCUUAAGCCUCAGACAAUUCACAGACGAAGUAUAUUGGAUGAGUAUGAUGAUGCAGAAAUAACGGAAAUAGAUCAAUCGUUUGGUUUCAAUUCAACUAAAAAUCUAUUUCAAAAUAGACCAAAUGAUUUAUCUACAUAUCGAUGGACCAUUUAUAAAGCAAUGGAAACACUUGGUGACAGAAUGGGUCUGGUUGGAAGGGCUUGUGUACUCAAAAGUAUAUGUGAAGCAGCAAGUGCUCCAUUUCAUCAUGCCAGUGGAAUUCUCGCAGAAAUAGCACACAUUAUAAUGACACCAUCGGCAUCUGUAGAUGAGCUCAACCAUUAUUCCAACAACGAAUAUCUUCAUGCAGAAAUGUUGGGUCGUUCUGGUGGUGCUUGUUCACGUUUGUUUACUGAGUGCCAACAAUCUCUUUUGGAACAAUUUUCGACAGUGUUUAGUUUUUCUCGUAACAUGUUUAAGACUUCAUUACUCAAUUAAUUAUAAAUAUACAACAUCUAAGAAAGA